AACUAACCAGUUUUAUCACAAACUUAACCUAGUUCUAACGUUUGUUUUUGUAAUAAGAAUGGGUGAGGCUGUUGAGAUCAUCUACACCAGUGCUUUCUCUAAGCUUUGUUCCCAACCGCCCGAUCAGAUUCACCAUCAGAUUUUUGUUAAUCAACAGCAGUCUUCUUGGUAUGAAGAAACUAUCGAUGAUGAUCUUAAAUGGUCCUUUGCUUUGAACAGUGUGCUGCAUAAGGGGACUAGUGAGUUUCAAGACAUUGCUCUCUUGGACACAAAGCGGUUUGGCAAGGUGUUAGUGAUUGAUGGGAAGAUGCAGAGUGCUGAAGUUGAUGAAUUUAUAUAUCAUGAAUGCUUGAUCCAUCCUGCUCUCCUCUCUCACCCUAAGCCUCAAAAUGUGUUUAUAAUGGGAGGUGGGGAAGGGUCUGCUGCAAGGGAAGCUCUCAAGCACAAGUCCAUUGAAAAAGUGGUCAUGUGUGAUAUUGAUCAGGAAGUGGUAGAUUUCUGUCGUACACAUCUAACUGUAAAUCAAGAAGCAUUUCGUCACAACAAGCUUGAUCUAGUCAUUAACGAUGCCAAGGGUGAGUUAGAAAAUAGGAAUGAAAAAUUUGAUAUAAUAGUAGGAGACUUGGCUGAUCCAGUUGAAGGAGGGCCUUGUUAUCAGCUCUAUACUAAAUCUUUCUAUCAGAAUAUUCUCAAGCCAAAGCUCAAUGAUAAUGGAAUCUUCGUCACUCAGGCUGGACCAGCAGGCAUUUUCACCCACAAGGAGGUCUUUUCUUCAAUUUACAACACAAUUAAACAGGUCUUCAAAUAUGUGGUAGCUUACAGUGCUCAUGUGCCAUCUUUUGCUGAUACAUGGGGGUGGGUCAUGGCUUCGGACCAACCUUUUUCCAUAAAUGUUGAGGAUAUAGACAGAAGAAUUGAAGAAAGAAUUGAUGGUGAAUUACUAUAUUUAAAUGGUGCUGCUUUUCUCUCCUCUGCCACCUUGAAUAAGACUGUUUCUCUUUCGCUGUUAAAGGAGACGCAUGUGUAUACUGAGGAUGAUGCAAGAUUUAUUCCAGGGCAUGGAUUGGCUUAUAGAAUUUGAGAUUUAUUGAUGUAUAAAAAAACAAGAUUGGACUUUGAAGAGGGUUUAAAACAUUUCAAAAAAAUUGGUUAAAAAUGCUUUAUAUUUUACAUAAUUAUAUGUUAACUGCAUUGGUUGGAUGUUUCAUGUGAA